AUAGCCAAACAUGGUCUUUGUAGUUCCAUUGUUAAAAGAGUCCUGUAACAGGAUAAGCAGCGCUCAGUCUGUUCAUCAGAGAAAACUCGGAGGGAAAAAGCAUUUAAGCAAUCGAGUUUACAUCCUCUUCAGGUGCCAUUUUCAGUUUCAGUGGUGACUUGUAGUUUUAUUUAUUGGUACUAAUAUGAGUUUUACUGGCCCUUCAGUCGGUUCUGGAACCGUUAGAAGGGCAUUUCAGUUUGGGCAGACAUAUGUGGUGAGGCCUAAAGGUAAACACCAAACUACUAUAGUCUGGCUACAUGGCCUUGGAGAUAAUGGCAAUAGCUGGUCCAGUCUCUUGGAGACCCUUCCUCUCCCAAAUAUUAAAUGGAUCUGCCCAACUGCUCCACAACAACCAAUAACUUUAUUUGGAGGCUUUCCUUCAACUGCUUGGUUUGAUGUGAAUGAACUUUCUGAAAAUGCUAAUGAUGAUAUAGAGGGUUUGGAUGCUGCAGCAGCAUAUGUUGCGAGCUUAUUGGCCAAUGAACCCCAAAACAUAAAACUCGGGGUUGGAGGCUUCAGUAUGGGUGCAGCAGUCGCCCUCUACUCUGCAAUUUGCUUCGCUCAAGGAAAGUAUGAGAAUGGCAGCCCAUAUCCAGCCAAUUUGAGUGCAGUUGUUGGAUUAAGUGGCUGGCUUCCAUGCGCUAAGAAUCUAAGUAGCAAAUUAGAAGGGGUAAAUGAGGCUGCUGGCCGUGCUGCAUCCUUGCCUAUUCUGCUUUGUCAUGGAAAAGGAGAUGAUGUGGUUGCUCAUAACUUUGGUGAGAAGUCUGCAAACAAGUUAUCAUCGUCUGGAUUUCAAGACACGACAUUUAAAUCAUAUUCUGGGCUUGGUCACUAUACUAUCCCCGAAGAAAUGAAUGAACUUUGUGCAUGGCUAACUUCAAAGCUUGGCCUGGAUGGGACAUCAUGAGAAGAUGCACAUAGUGCAAGUUUUAACUUAGCUUGGGUGGAGCAAUGGUAUAUGGAGGGAUUUAUUAUCUAUUGUUGUACGGUAUAAAGAAUUUGAUGGACUAUUUUGAACCGGAACUUAUUUUGGCUACUAAUAAAGUUUCACCAUUGCUCUUGUUGCUCGGUGCUAUCAGGUGUACAACUAUAGCUUGAUUUUAGACAUAUUGGUGCUUAAACAUUCUUGUCUAAUAUUUAGUUUGGGGCUUGGUUUUCAAA